UCUUUACUCCUUCCCGACUCCCGAGUUCCUCGCUUGCCGCUUGCGCCUUGCUCGCUUCGUUCAAAGUUCAAAGUUCAAUCCUUCUCUUUCCGACUUUCACAAAUCACAAUCGGUGCUUCAGCUUCACGCCUUCAUCGCUUCGGUGCUUCCGGACUUUCGGUUCCAGCCAACAAAACUCAAAAGAUGUUAGGAUCCUCGGAUGCCGAAGCCGCGAGUUCAACUCAUCCAAAACCGAGUCCAACAAUAGAUACAAUUGUUGUUGGCUCUUCAUCAAACACACAAGUGAGCACAAAGAUGAAGAGAAAAGCAAUGAGGCCAAG